AUGAGGUUGUCACUAUUUGGUCUUAUCUCGACUUUGGAAUUUGUUCUUAAGGUCUCUUGCGUGAGCGUGUUUGAUGUUGGGGAUGGUGCGAAAUGCUCUAUCUAUAGUAAUUGCGGGAAAAAGGGUUUAUUUGGAGCAGAACUUCCUUGUUCUGUGUCUGAGCACUUCAGACCAGACCCUCUUCCUGAGGAAGACAGAACUCUUUUGACUGAAGUUUGCGGGACUGAAUGGCAAGAUACGUCAACUUUAUGCUGCACUAAGGAUCAAAUUGUCAAUCUUCGAAACAACCUACAACGGGCAGAGGGUCUUAUUGUGUCAUGUCCCGCAUGCCACGAAAAUUUCAAACGUCUAUUCUGCCAUUUUACAUGCUCUCCGCAGCAGAGAGACUUUACCAAGGUGACAGAAACUCAAAAAUCUACUGAUGGCAGGGAUAUCGUCGCCACAAUGGAGGUGCUUCUCGAUCCAUAUUGGGCCUCCGAGUUCUACGACUCAUGCAAAGGGGUGAAAUUUGCGGCUACCAAUGGCUAUGCAAUGGAUCUUAUUGGUGGGGGAGCCCAAAACUACGAGCAGUUUCUCAAGUUUUUAGGUGAUGAGAAACCUAUGCUUGGGGGUUCGCCUUUUCAAAUUAACUAUUCUUACAACAACAGUGACCCAGAAUAUCAUCUGUUCAACGAGACGGUUUACGCUUGUGACGAUAAACAAUAUAAAUGUGCUUGUACCGAUUGCGGUUCAUCAUGUCCUGAACUGGCUCCGCUUGAUGCCGGCUUCCGAAAAAUUGCGGGUUUGCCACUCUUUUCCUUCAUUGUCAUCAUGGUUUAUGUGACACUAUUUGUAUGCGUUCUUAUUUGGCAUUUUUAUCUUCUUGGGACCAAGAAUGGCCCCAUCAUGCUCGAACAUGACGUAGAGCAGAAUCUGAUUAUGGACGGAAGCGGCACCAUAUUUCAAGAGCACACAUACAGUGCAUAUCCAUUAAAUGAGAGAAUUGCCGGCAUAUUGACCCGUAUAUCGAGCUUUUCUGCCAGAAGACCUCUUUUAGUUCUUACCUUGACGUCUCUAUUUGUUAUUAUGCUGUCAGGGAGCGCCUGGACAUUUGGGGAACUCGAGACGAACCCCGUCGAUCUUUGGGUCAGUAAAACCUCCCCAAGAUAUCAGGAAAAGCAGUAUUUUGAUGAACAUUUUGGUCCUUUUUACAAGGUUGAGCAGAUCUUUGUUGUCAAUGAUUCCGGCCCCGUUCUAACGUAUGAUAAUCUAGCGUGGUGGUUCUCGGUCGAAAAGAAUAUCACACAACAUCUCGAAUCAUCGGAGAAAACGAGCUAUCAGGACUUGUGCUUCAGGCCGACAGAGGACAGUACAUGCGUCAUAGAAUCCCUUACCCAGUACUUUGAUGGACAACUCCCAGAUGAAGCGAACUGGGACUUCAAGCUCAAAGCAUGUGCGAAUUCACCUGUUAAUUGUCUGCCUUCUUUUCAACAGCCGCUGAAAUCAAAUCUAUUGUUCAGCGACGAGGAAAUUCUAAAGUCAAAAGCAUUCGUGGUGACUUUGCUUGUAAGCGAUCACUCCAGUGCCGCUUCGCUGUGGGAAGAACAGCUUGAAGCGUUUUUGCUGAACCUAGAGCUCCCUGAAGGUUUGAGGCUGAGCUUUUCUACAGACAUAUCCUUAGAAAAGGAGUUGAGCAGAAAUAAUGAUAUACUCAUCAUUUGCGCAUCGUAUCUUCUAAUGUUCCUUUACGCUUCGUGGGCACUGGGCACUGAAACUGGCGAAAAGCGAGUUUUGUUAGGCUGCUCGGGCAUAUUGAUCGUUUUGGGAUCCGUUACGUCGGCUGCAGGAGCAUUGAGUAUUAUGGGCAUUAAAUCAACGUUAAUUAUUGCAGAGGUUAUUCCAUUUCUCAUCCUCGCCAUCGGAGUUGACAAUAUUUACUUGAUCACUCACGAAUAUGACAGAGUCUUCAAUGCUUCGGAAUCUCUGGACGUGCAACAAACCAUGGAGAGGGCAUUAAAGAGGAUAUCACCAUCAAUUCUCAUGUCACUUAUCUGUCAAUCGAGUUGCUUUUUGACGGCAACAUUUGUUAAAAUGCCAGCUGUGCGCAAUUUCGCGAUUUAUUCCGCUGUAUCAAUCGUUUUCAAUGUAUUUUUGCAACUUACUGCAUACGUUUCGAUACUGUCGUUAUAUGAACAAAAGUAUCGCAGAAAACCCGCCAGGGAAACGUCAGACGUCCCUGCUUUGUCAAAUCUCAAAAAAGUAUACUUGAGGGUUCUUUCCAAGAAGAGAAAAGUAUGUGGGAUCUUCGUUACUUUUACUCUACUCUCACUUGUUUUUCUGCCCUUUGUAAAGUUAGGGCUGGACCAAACUUUGGCUGUUCCACAAGAUUCUUAUCUGGUGAAUUAUUUUAAGGACGUUUACGAGUUUCUGAACGUUGGGCCCCCCGUCUAUUUUGUCGUUAAAGACUUGGACCUGACUCAGCGAGAAAACCAGAAAAAGAUCUGUGGUAAGUUCACCUCGUGCAAUGAAUAUUCCUUAGCCAACACGCUAGAGCAGGAGUGUCAAAGAUCCACUAUUGUCGAGCCGGUAGCAAACUGGUUCGAUGAUUUUAUGAUGUUUUUGAACCCGCAAUUGGACACCUGCUGCCGCUUCAAGAAAGGCACAGAAGAUGUCUGCCCUCCAUUUUAUUCAAGCAGACGAUGCGAAACCUGCUACUCUGAAAAUGAGUGGUUUUAUGACAUGGAAGGAUUUCCUGAAAACCAAACCUUCAUGAAAUAUUUUGAUAUCUGGAUCAAUGCACCCAGUGAUGAUUGUCCUUUAGCGGGCAAAGCCCCGUACUCCACCUCUGUUGCUUAUAAUGAAACAGCUGUCAAAUCCUCAACUUUCCGAAGUGCUCACAAACCUCUAAGGUCUCAGGGGGACUACAUCACAGCUUAUAACGAUGCCAAUCGUAUCGUUGAAUCACUGGAUCAAUUCGACAUCUUUGCGUACUCCCCAUUUUAUGUGUUCUUCGAACAAUACCGGACUUUGAUUCCAUUGGCUAUAAAACUUUUGGGCUUUUCGGCAUUCUGCGUAUACCUGAUUUCGUGGCUUUUCCUGGGCUCAGCGACUAGUGCAGCCCUUUUGGUUCUUACUGUUGUUAUGAUUUUGAUCGAUCUGGGUGCGCUUAUGUUCUUCUUGAACAUAACGCUCAACGCCGUCAGCUUGGUCAAUCUUAUCAUAUGUGUCGGUAUAGCCGUUGAAUUUUGUGUUCAUAUCGUAAGAGGUUUCACUAUAGUGCCAUCUCAUAUCAAAAUAGAUCGCGAGUCAAGAGUGAACCACGCUGUCGAUACCAUCGGAGGAUCUGUAUUCAGCGGCAUCACGAUGACAAAAUUCAUUGGAGUGUCAGUUUUGGCAUUCACUCGUUCCAAAAUUUUCCAAGUGUUCUACUUCCGCAUGUGGAUUAUAUUGAUACUGGUUUCAUCCCUUCAUGCACUGCUAUUCUUGCCCUCAAUACUCUCGUUGCUAGGAGGCAAGAGCUACGCCGAUGCAGAAGUUGAUUUGGCUGAUUGA